GUAGUGGAAAAGAAGACCGAUAGUUUUUUAUACCCCCGAUUGAGUUUCUAUGGGGGAAAGACAUGUUUUGCGAAGGAAAAGUAAAGGUUUUGUCUGAAACGCGCGGUCUUCAAAGUCGACAGCCAAGGGAUGUUACUGGGAGUUGCGAGAGCUCUCCCAUCAGCAAAAUAGGACCAUAAAUCUUUCUCUGGCGAGGGAAAAAAAAGCUUUGUUUGGGUGAGUUGAAACUUAAGUUAACAAAAUGUAUCGAAGCUCAACUCGCAUGAAUUUUCCGUUUUCAGGUGCUGCGAGCGAGCACGAGACGAGAACCAACUGCCAACGGUCAGCCGUCUGUUCCGAUACCGUCCGGAGAAACGGAGUGACACCGCUUGCGAGCCGAGGAAGAGCCGAGAGAUAGGGGAGGGGUGGGAGUGUAACAGCCUAAAAACUUUCUCCAAUGUUUUUACCGCAGUCCUUCAGAGGACCGACGGACGUUGAAACGCUGCUCGGAUAAUAUAACAAUAGUCUGGAUUAUUCUGUGUACUUUUUGUUGACCUCAAGUGUCGAGUUUGGCUUGAAGCGGCGCUAGCAUAGUUAAAACAAUCGACAUUUUUUGCGGCAUUGCAGCCAAAAAAUGUUUAUUAAGGCAACACAUGCUCGUUUGCCGUUUACAAUAUGGAUCCACGGUGAGAUAUACAACAACAGGAGAGCAUUUAAUAUAUCCUGCUUCCUUGUGUGGCUGACGCUGUCAUUAUGUGGGUACUAGUGAAGUCUGCGACCGUUGCGUACUACGAUUACUACAACCACCACUACUACUGACAUUACUGAGCUGCUUACUAGAGCGAAACACCAACAUGGAAAGAUUUCUGCUUUUCACAAGUUUUUACUAAUCAAAUGGACACAGUGUCACCACAAAGGCUUCAUUAAGGAAGCUCCCCUGUGUGUAUUAUAGGCGUUGUAGUAGAUGUGUGCAUGCUUAACAUCGUUGUAUGAGGAAGAAAUGGGCCCUACUACUUGGGAUAAUAAAACAUAACUCGAAACCGGUUGUUUGUGUUUGUUGCCGAGGACAGCAGCAGAGCAGACUGGCUGACUGCCUCCAGUCAUAAUACUCCUUUGACAUUGUGUAGCGCCUCUUGUAGUACUCUCAGAGAUCAGCGCAAAGGAGCCGGGGAUGCAUUCGUUGUUUUCUCGGCUUUUCCCUCGCUACACACUCCACUUUUCUGCGCCGCAAUCAGUGUCGAUGCAUCACUGACAUCUCUGACAGUGCAGAUUUUGAACUCUAUUCUUAUAAUUCUCCCUGGUUAUUUUUUUACUCUCAUAUAUUUAAUACUUUUAACAUUUAAUCCUAACUAUCCCAGGUUGUCCUGCAAAUUUACACUGUGACAUGCAGCCCUCAAAUCCUCAUUAUUGUAUGUUUAGGCAGGUAACAACUACUUGAUGGUGUAGGCAUCUUUGCGUGGUUUGCAGACCACUGAUGGGGCAUUGGCACUUGUGCCAUUUGGUCCCAAAUAGGAACAGUCACCUCUGAUCUAUGCCACUGUCUCCUGAUCUGUGUGGGCCAGAAAACACACAAAAAUGAGCCUCAGUGUUUCUUUUUUAUUUAUAAUUAUAUAUUAUGUCCACAGCCAGAUAUGUCUGCCACUAAACAGCUGCCAGUAUUCAUACUACGUCACAAUGGAUGUUCUCCAUAACAAGCGCAGUCACUAACUUGCAUGCACGCACACACACACACACUUUUCACAGCUCGCCCUCUCGCUUCAUCUGAAAUACACUAAUGGAAUGUUUUCUUUCACAUGUUACCUGUAUGACCACAUUUCACCCACUCAUGUAAACAAAAAGUGUGUGUGUGUGUGUGAGUGUAACAGCAAGCAUGUUCAUUUUUUGCAGUUUCAUGUGCGAGUGUGUUCCCCGGUGACCCAGUUAAGGGCAAAGCCGCCCUGCCAUGCCAGAGUGCAUAAGGGGCAUGAUGGGAUUCACUAUCCUGGCUUUACUACUAUGCUCCACAGAUGUACCAUUGCAUGUUCUUCUGUCUCAAUCCCCCGUCCCCAUCGCUGCAGCCCUGCGCCCAUACAGACACCCAUAAAAUGCUUUUAGGAGAAGGAUGAACUGCAGUGUGCUUGGUAACUACGUGUACACUCACACUUCUAUGUAGUGCAAAUGCAGUGUUAAAUAAAGUAGACACAACCUGAAGACAGCCAGAUAUAGCCUCAUACCUUAUGUGCAAUAAGCAGCAUUCCCACACAUCUUGCACGCACUUGAACACAAAUACCAGCAUACACACCCUGUGCCACAUUGUGGUGGGGCGCAGGCUUAAUUCCCCACAAAGACACAAACAAAUUGGCAUCAAGGUGAAAGUUUAGUAGGCUUAUAUAGUUCAAUAGUACAUAUUAAAGAACUUCAUAAUUUUGUUGACAUUGGAAUGAUGUUGCCUGGUGAAUGAUUGUUCGGCGCGCGUGUGUGUGUGUGUGGGGAUCAGACGCAUAAAUGCACCAAUGUCCAACCAGCUAUGAAACCAUCAGCAAGGUGCUCUUUGCAUGAACAUUUCCAUUUUAAAUUUUUAUGAUCAAUUUAGGCAAAAAGGUAUCUUUUUAUUUUAAUAUUUUGUUUUACUUCAAAGCAAACCCAAUACUGGUCAGAGUGUGGGCUUUUGUGUAUGUCAGUAUGAGUGUUUAUACAGCACCAUGAACGUUUGAGUGUGAGGUGUUAUAGAGGUCUUAGGGAGAUUUUAACAAUGUAUGCAUGACUGCACUGUAAAUUCCAAAGAGAGCGUUUAAUGUGUGUGUAAAGUUUGAUGUUGCUAUGCUGGGGUUGGGGGGUUACACUGUCUGGUUCUCAAUGUCGAUUGGGUAAAAUAACACUUUUUUGGUCUUUAAAGACGAGUGCAGUCCAGGACCACAGGGACGACAGCUGUCUUUUAGCUGUCUGUUCAGGAUAUUCUGUGAUAUUCAACCAGUCGAGAGAAUCUCUCACUCUUAACCUGCUGUAUUGGGAGGAAGUGUAAGCGUCAUGUAACCUAAAAAUGACUGAGUUCAUCUUUAUUUUGCCUUGAUUUAGCGCAAGGGACAAGAAGAAUUUUUAAUGGUUUUCACUCAGAUUUUUGGUCAAAUACAUGUACUAAAACAGCAACUUAGACCAAGAUUUUGAUUCAAACAUACUCAUGGCAUCUUGAAUAGCAACUGCGUAACAAUGUUGCAUUCAUUUCAAUGUAAGGGGUGAUUGUUGAGCACAGACAGUAUGAAAUGCUUUUGACCACUCAGGUGAGAAUUGGGAGUAGAUUGUAAUGUUAUGUUUGGAUUGAUUCAAAGGCUGCAAGAAAUUAAAGAUUGAAUCACCUGUAUAUUCCAAUACCUUUCCCUGUAAUUUAGUAUAACAUAAUUCAGGCAUUUUGAGCAUCAUUGUUUUUUGUCCAGUAUCUUAAUCUGUUAAUGUCAUUGUAAACCUAGAUGUAUUACUCAGAAUUAAAAACAGAAAUAGGUUUAUGUCAAAUGAUCAACGUUUACAUAUUGUGCAUACACUCUUCUGUGCAUUCUAACCCCUAUAUAGUAAACUCGCAGAGACACGCACACAUGCCUAUCACUGGCUUAUCUGCUUGGGUGUAGAGCAUAUUAGGAGGCCAUGAGCAUGGCCAAACACAUUUUUCUCUGCUUAAAUCAGAUCCUUCUCAGUCAUUUGGUCAGACAGCCAAGAGGUCCUGACUCCUUCCUGUGUUUUCUAGUAUUCUUGUGUACUACAAUGACUCCACUGGACCAGCACUGCCGGUCCAGGCCUCAACUGGAAUGGGUUUUUGGCUUGUUACUGGUGACCGGUACAUUCAGCCAAGCUUACUGAUAUUUUUUUUUCCCUGACGAGUUUCACUGUGUGUCGACUUUAGAAAGUAACUGCCUCCGAGAGGGGUACUGUGGGCUUCAAUCUGAGGUUCCCUCUGUGUUGUUUUUUAUUUUUCUAUUGUGGGUACUGCACAGUUUGGUCCCCUAACUGAUAUUAAAAAACUGAUGUUUCAUGAUAUAGUUUCUUGUAUGCAAUUGUAUUGUUUGAUGCCAAAUACUUAGAAUUUAAAAAUGCUAGACUCGUGAAUAAAUUGAAUCACUCAGUAGGAUUAUAAAAGUCUAAAUUUUUACACUUGAGAUAAAAUAAAAUGUGCUCACCUUCUUCAGUUGCAAAUAUUUAUUAAUUGUUUUGCACAAAGUAAUGACUAAGAAUAAUCUCUGUUUCUGUAGGAAAUGAAACGGCUGCAGUUUACUCCAGUUGUUUACUACAUGUAUAGUGACAUUGCAGUGAAAUACAGAGCAACAAUAUAAUUUUGUCAUCACAAGUAUGAAAGAAUUUACCCUUUAUAUAACUAUUGUUAAGGCAUGAUAACGCUCAGUUGUGACCCUAUGCUGAGAAGUAAACUCUUGAUUGUGUAAAGUUAAAACAGUGACAAGGAUAACUGUGAGCAACUAGGGUCAAUAAAUAGUUGUUCAGGAAGAGGAAAAAAAAUGGUCUUCAUAUUGCAGAGUCAUUGGUAACAGAAAACAAACGGUUAACAACAAGGUCACCUAUUGUGUGUAUGAUGAAGUUUUCCCAUGUUUAGGACAGGAAGUGUGUGUGCCGCAUUCAUUUGUUCAUGUUUGUGUCGGGGUUAGUACGAGAGGAGGCAUUCAUGUGUUGGUGAAUUGCUGAGCUUAGUGAAGGGGUGCAAUGUGUGUGUGUGUGUGUGUGUGUGUGUGUGUGUGUGUGUGUGUGUGUGUGUGUGUGUGUGUGUGUGUGUGUGUGUGUGUGAGAGUGAACGAACGAGAGAGAGAAAGAGAAAGACAGAGAAGGAGAAAGACUGUAUUUAGCUUUUAAUCUUGCAUCAGUGAGUGUGCCUGAUUCAGAGCCAGCCUUUUAAUUUCUCCCGCAUAUCUCACCAUGGCAAAUUAUUCCAAUUAUACGUAUUGUCUUUUGUAGAGGUGUGUGUGUGUGCGUUAGUGGGUGGGUAGGUGGAGGGUAUGUCAGCAAGACAACGAUAAAACAGCACUGGGAAAGUCUGAGACACUGCGAAAGUGUGAGAGAGGGCUAGAAUGACUCUGGAAAUUCCCAGUGACUUCACAAGAACAGUCUACUGGAACAGUCGAACAGACACAUAUCCCUCUCUGUUUCUCUCCGUUUCUCUCUCUGUCUUAAUCUCAACCAUGUUGCAGGGUGACCUCAGGCCGCUGCUAGCCCCUGCCUCUUGAUAGCAGUCACAACUGUGUUGUUGCAUUUCCACGUUGAACUUUCUGCAUCAACAUGAUAACACAUAACCUGAGGGAAAGGUACCACAGUAACGCAAUCAGGCAACCUACUGUAUGAAUAAUGCGUGUGUAGGUGCAGGUGUGUGUGUUUGACAGAUUUGUAUGAGUUACCUAAUCGUCAUUUUAAAUCAACGAUCUGUAUGCCUCAUAGAGCAGACAUUUGAAAAAUGAAAUACUGUAUGCAAGUGACCUUGAAAGUUUCCUUUUUAUCAUCCCUCUUUCAUUCUGUCUGUAUUCAGUUGCCUUUGGCAUGUCUGCUUUUUUUGCCUCGAAACACGAGAAAACUAACCUACAAUUUGAAUCAUAUUUUGAUGUUGUCCGGAUUCAUUUUUUAUUCAUAAACAUGCAUGCCCUAUAAAUGGAUCUGACAUUCAUAUACAAAACAUGACUAUUCCUUUUCUCUGUUUCUGCAGUACUUCUGUACAAAAUUGAUAGACCACUAUGGAGUUUUUAGGGAAAAUAUUAACUAAAUAAAUUAAGAGAAAAACUUGUUUCUGCUGAAACAAUCGUGUCUUUUUAACAUGUUACCAUCUUGUCUCAGAACUACAAUGUUGGGAAUGAGGACUUUCAUUUUCCUAGUAAACAAAAUGACCCUUUAACUUGAGCAGACACAUAUGCUUGCAUUCAUACUUCUGUUAGAUCAGGCAGAUAUGAGGGCUGGCCUACAUCAGAUAUUAAGUUAAUGUGGUAGUGAGUGCAUUAUAGCAUACUUCCAGGUAUGACAUCAUUUUUGUUCUCAGCAAUUUUUGAUGAUGAGGAUGGCAAAUGACCACAUGUCCUCUUCCUUUCUCUGCUCAUUUCCAGAGUGCAUCACAAAGGACAGAAGCACAGGGGAGAAGCGAAGGAAGAGAAAGACCAAAAGGAGUGCCUUAUAAGUGGACUUAAAGGAGCAAUUGCAAAACCUGCAGCACUUUGUAAACAGUGAAGAAAAGAUGAGACCAUUGAAGAAAAACAGAGGCCGGUCUCCUCUGAUGACAAGAGGAAGAGGGGGGAGAAGAAGAGGGGGUUCACAGCCCCUCCAAGAGAAAGAUUCCAAAAAAGUCAAGAGGGAGACACCCGUCAAAACCACACAACUGUCACCCAUCACUCCCUCCACACACAAGCAGAUUCAACCCACAGCCUCAAACUCCAAUGAAAAACCAAUCACAAACAGCAAUACUUUACUGGAGAAGGAACCUACAGAGCUAAGGAAAUUUGUGGAGCCAGAUGCAAAUGCUGAAAAGAAAGUUGAAGAAGAGGCAGAGAAGGAGAAGAUAGAGAGGACGAAUGGAAAUAGCGCUAAGUCUACUGAUACCGUAGCGUUUCCUGCCUCUGCAACAGCACCAGUCUCCACAACCAUGACCCCUCUGGCCACAAAUCACAGCCCAAGCUUAGUUUCUGUCUCUAGUAGGAAAACAGCCACAUUUAAGGCCCGUGUGCCCAAGAAAAAAUACACAUAUGAGCACUUUGCUAACAACACAAGUUCCCUCACUACCAUUCCUACCUCCAACCCUGCACUCAUACACAACAGUUACUGCAAUAUGAACAGCAAAAUCAGCGAUAGAGUCGAUAUGCCCAAUCCUAAUGUAAAGAGUAGUAACAAUGUUAAUAAUACCAUUAAUAAAAGCACUAUCAUGGGCAUCAAUUGUAGUAAUAAUAGAACACUUAGUAUUAACAAUCUGAGUAACAGUACUAGCAGUAAAACUGGGAGCCAUAGUACUUUUACCAAUAGCAGUAAUAGUAGAAGUAAUAAUAGCUCAGGUUAUCAGCCAUCAGUGCUAACUGUGGAAAGAAAAGCUACAGAAGCAAACCAUUUUGUUUCCUCAGAGGAUAGGGCCCUCAGGACAGCAAAUUCCCAGGAAAAAGAUUCCCCAGCAAGGGAAAACGAUUCAGAAGGGGCCUCUAACUCAGUGCGCUGCUCGUCUACAGAUACGGCAAGUGAACACUCAGCUGACCUGGAUGUAAUGGAAGCAACAGGACCAAGCCUUCAUCACAAGAAUUCCCACAUUCCAGUUCCCCUCCUUAACUCGCAAACUAAAGAGGCCUGUCUUUCAGAAGGGCUUGCUGAGGCUCUGGCAAAAGGCAUGAAAAACCAGAGAGUUUUGGCACGUCAGGUAAAGAGGACCAUGGCCUUGAGUAACAGAGGGGUUAAAGGGGACUCAUGCACUUUAUCACCUGUGUUCAGACCAGGAGUGGUUCGCAGAGUGAGCGGAGGGGCUGUUGAAGUCCAGCUGCAAGGAGAGGAGACUUUUAUUAAAUAUCCUUUCCAUGGGGUAACUGGAGUGACGUCAUCAGCACAGGACGAGAGCACUGUCGAGUUUAUUUUGGAUGCCCCUCCACCUGGCAUAGCACCUGUGGCCGUUGGGACCCACGUAUGUGUGCCCUUUGGCGGAGAGGAAAGGGGUCCUCUGCUAUACAGGGAAGGGGUUGUCGCUCAGGUGGACCCCCACCCUGGAGUCUCAUUUCCUUACCAGGUGCUUCUGAGUGAGAGCAGAGGUACUCAGGACAACGGAGGGGUGGGGGCAGAGACAGAAAAAAGAAAAGCGAAUGCUCAGGCUGUGUGGGUGUCCCGACAAAGUCUAAGGCUGCUCACUCGUCCUUGGGAGGUUCAUCACAUGGACGGUGGAAGGGCCAAGGAGAGAGAGCGGCAGAGGGAAAGGGAAGAGAGGGAGCGGAGGGAGGAGUUGGAGGUUGAGAGGGAAGUGUGCCAGUUGAGUAUUGGGAUGGGGGUGCUGGGUGCAGGAGGAGUGAGGUCAGGCCACAGUUUGUCACAUGAGGGAGUUGCAGGAGGGCACGCCAAUGGAAACACAAAUCCACCCCAUCAUUCAGGUGUCAUUGGUGGCACAGUUCGAGGCUGUGGAGAAAAAUACUCUGACAGAGAGAGACAGAAACAGCCAAACACUCCUGAAGAAGAUGUUGAGGUGUCUCAUUUUAACAUGGGCCUCGGAAUUGGAACUAAGCCAAAUUCUGCAAUCUGUCAACCCAGAAACAUUGUCUCCAAGUCCAAUAGCUACUCUCCCUCCUCCCCCCACCUCCCUGUGGUGCAGAGUCUUGGUCCCCUACACAUUUCCACCCUAGCUAGUCCUCAGCCACCUCCUUCCCCGGCUCUGCUGGGGUCUGAAUUAAACAACAACACUUCAAACCUACCUCCAUCAAAAACCACUCCAACACAGACCCCUACUCCUACUUCUGGUGGGGGGUCCUCCUCUACCUCUGCCCGCUCCAGAACUCCUCUGUCAUUGGCCCAGCAGAAAUACAAGAAGGGCGAUGUGGUGUGCACACCUAAUGGCAUCCGUAAAAAGUUUAAUGGUAAGCAGUGGAGGAGGCUGUGCUCCAGGGAAGGCUGCAUGAAGGAGUCACAGCGUCGAGGAUACUGUUCCAGACACUUGUCAAUGAGGACCAAAGAGAUGGAAGCAGCAGGGGGAGAGAGGGGAGGAGGGGGCAGCAGCUCAGGGACAGUCACCCCCUCUGACCUGCGGGGGAGAGCAAGCAGUGAGUUUGAGUGGGACGAUACAUCAAGAGAGAGUAGUGAGACCAGUAGCAGAGGAGAUUCCAGACCUCGUCUGGUCCUCCCUACCCUCCUACCCCAUGAUCUGUCGUCACGCUUUGACUUCGAUGAGUGCGAGGCCGCCACCAUGCUUGUGUCAUUAGGGAGCUCCCGUUCUGGCACCCCCUCUUUUUCACCCAUCUCCAACCAGUCACCUUUCUCCCCUGCACCCUCUCCCUCACCCUCCCCUCUGUUUGGUUUUAGGCCGGCCAAUUUCUCUCCAAUUACCGCCUCCCCGGUUCUGCAGCACCGGAGACACAGGCAGCCUAGUGGGACGGGGGGAGGUGGAGCAGGGGGCAGUAAGACUACAUCCCAUACUGGAGGGGUAGAAAGGGAGAGACAAACUUCAGUCAACCAGCCCUCUGUCCACAACAACCUGAUGUUUACGGUGCCCAUGAGCCCAAGCAAACGGAAGUCAGAUGCACCCCCUCCACCUCCCCUCCCCUCACACCACCAUGAUUACACGCCCAAGAUGGAGCUUGAGCAGGGGGAGCUCAGCUCUUUCAGGGUGCUGUCCCCCCAGACACCAGCUUCACAUUCCCACACACACACACCCACCUUUUCACGUCCCAGAGGAAUGACAACCCCCUCCUCCAGUAGGCCACCAUCCUCCCCUGCUGUUUCCCCCCCUCCUCUGCUGAUGUCUCCGACUCCCCAUUCUCCUCUUACCCCUGAUGGAGGACCACGUCGUGUUGUCCAGCAGGCUUUGCGGGACUCUCCUGUCAUUGUGAGAAAUCCUGAAGUCCCACUAGCAAAAUUUUCACCUUGCCCUUUGGGAAGAGGAGGAGAUGGGGGUGAAAAUGAGGGAGGGACAGAAAUCACAACGUCAAAAGACAGUGACCUAACACCCCUCAACGCCCAGCCAAUUCCUGGCCUACAGGUUCCUAUACCCAUCAACGCUGCUGCAGCCACAGUACCCAACGGCACAGUUCUCUUGCGGAGUCCAGCCCAAACUUUGGUGCUUGUGUCUCCGUCACCUUCCUCCCUGCCCACUACUGACACCCCUGUGGCCCCCCUGCAGGCCCUGUCAGUAACAGUCAGCACAACAGUCACGGCCCCCGCUCCCGGCAGCACAGACAGUCCUGGACAACAAGAGGAGAACAGGGGGACAGGGUUUGGGGCUGAGGUCCAGCAGCCAGUUCCGUGUCACCCCUCUCCCACCGCUCUGCUGCCUCUUAUUCUUCCCGCUGAAAAUCUUCAUCCCGCUCCGAGAAAAGACAUCAUAAUGGGACGUCCCGGCACAGGUGAGAGUCUCUGCUUAUGCGUGGGUGUAAUACGUGUGUCGGUCAAGAGAGUAAAAGGGAUCAAAUAAACCAGGGAGAUCAUAAGGAAAUUAUUCACAAUUCAUCAGAAGGAGGUGUGUGGCAUACACAUUAAACACUGCAUUCUGAUCACCAGGUUAAAUACGUUUGGCCUGUUUUUCAGAAAGAAAUAAAGAAUUAGAAAACAGUGGAUGGUAAAAUAAUUUAGAUUAAAUUGAGAACUUAUUAAACAAAACUGUUUGUUGGUGAUACCCUUUUUCAAAGUGAAGAAAAAACAUUUUAAACUUUAUUCUUCUGUGACAUUCCAAUUUUCAGCUCUGCACAUGUAAAAAAAGGAAAUGCUCUUCCUCUUGAAUUUUUAAUGAAUCCCAAUUUCUAGAACAUUACGAGGACCCCAAGAGAAAAUUUUCUGCAACAUCCCCGAGAGUGUGGCUUAAAGUGUGAGGGUCUUUUAAAAUUUCUAUGUACUUAACAUCUUUCACUUAUCUCUUCCUUUUUUUUUUUUUCAAUCACAGCUACUCGUUUGAGUGUAUUAAUUGGUAUUUAAUUUCCCCCAACCUUUUUGAAUGUUUUUGUUUUAUUCCAUUUUAUUUUAGUUAGCUCUGUUGCACUUUACUUUCAACCCCAAACACACAGGUGUCACCUCAGAACAGAUGAAGGACUCUCUUUUAUACUGGCCUUGCCCUUAUUAAGUCAAGGAUUUUGCCGUAUGAUGGAGCUGAUUUUGUACCACUCAGUUGAAAUGCUGUAGAGAAGUGCAGUAGCAGUGUAGCUUUAUAUUGUAAGAUGUAGUGAAAGAGAGACAGAAAACAGAUAGUUUAUUAUUAUUAUUAUUGUUAUUUUAAAUUCCAGGUUAGCUGCUGCAGACAGUAUAAAACUAAAAAGACAAGAAUAAAACUUUCUAUGCUGGUUUUAAGUGGACAUACAAACACACACAUACACUUCAAAUUUUCAUAGAUCAACAGAAAACACACAUCUUCACUUCUCAGAUAACAAAUCAUAAAAAAGCUCUUGUUAAUUAAGUUUUCCUAUUUAUGUAUUUACCGAUUAAUAUACACCAGUCUGUCUUUAGUUGAAUCCUAUCUAUAUCAGAUUUCACUCAUCUACUGUAUUUAACUCAGCUUAACUAUAAUUCAGUCAACAACAAUAAAACAUUUUUUUCCACAAAAUAUACAGCUACAUUCAAAACAAAAAAGGUAACUAUAAUAUAGUCACUUUUCUGUCAGCAGGUGACACUCAGUGUAAUACAGAGUUCGGUUUAUUUAGUGUAUUUGUGCCGUGGCUUCUGUUAGUGUGUGUUGAUGUGAAAGAAGCUUCUGUUAGCCAGCAUGCUGUUGUCCCAUAUGGCUUCAGUCAUCUGUCCUGAGUCCCCGUGUCUGCUGAUAACACUGAAGUAAAUGCUUAGGCUGGUCACAUGACCCCUGUAAGCCCUGAAAAAGGCACCUGAGAUUCACCAGGUCAGGCUUGUUGGAAUCACAGUAUGAGACAGAAACAAUAUACUGUGUACAUCACAUUUACUUGUUUCAUCUGUCAGUACUCUGUUAGAUAAGGAUUAUCCAUGCUGUCCACUUACGUAACUAUGAGAAGAGGAGCUACUCUUAUAUGAUGAGUUUUGUAAAAAAUAUUAUACAUCGGAUUUCAUUUUUUAGAGCCAAAAACUGUCAUUAGAAAAAUAAAGUUUUAAUUGAAUAAAAAGAAUAGAGUUUAGUUUAAUUUAAGACGUAAAUAACAAAGAAAUAUAUAAGUCACGUAGCUCUAAAACUAUUUUGCAUAUUUUUUCGUACAUGCAGAUGUUAGAGUGUGUGGUUGUGAGGAAGAGAAAGUAAAAAAGGGGAAAUUUAUGCAUGGGCAUAUAUGCAUUGGUGUUGUUAUGUUUUCUAUAGGGAUUAGACUGUAUGUUAUACAGGAUUAGCUUUGUUGAUUUAUAUGUGUCUCUAAUAUUUCAAGUCAUUAUAGAGAGAAACUUAGUGGUUGAGUGGUAGCAGUGCUAACUAUUGCAUAUGGAAAAGACACAGUAAAGCAGUUUGGGUGCGUAUAAAAAAGCCACACAAGAUUUCGGUAAUUAACAAAAAGGAAUCUGAUAUGAAAAGAGAAAAAUGGAGGAGCGAAGAAGCGUGGCUGUUCGCUGCGAUGAAUCAGUGCUAAAUGUGAAAUUGACAUUUAAAGCACAAGCAAACAUGUGGGCUACAUGCAUGUAGGCCAGUUGUUGAGUGUUUCUACUAACUUGUUUUUGAUUUUGUGAGUGUGAGAGAGUAAAAAACAGGGAUUAGAUCAAACAGAGGAUGAGGAAAGCCUCAGAGAGAUCGACAGCUCAGACAAAUGAAGUGGAAGGAGGAGGAAAAGAGGAGGAUUUAACUGCAAGUUUUGUACAAAUCUCACGACAGAAAUUCGACCCUUCUUGUGAAAGCCCGACUAAAGCACUUUUCAUAAUUGUGUGUGUGUGUGUGUGUGUGUGUGUGUUAGUGACUUCUUGACCUUAGUGACUUUUUUUUAUCUCCUUACUCACUACAAACUAUUUCCGCUGACUGUUAAUGUUUGAUGGUGUAUGUUUGUUUAUAAGUGACUCAUCUGACGAUAUAGUGAAGCUUGGUGUGGGCAGUUUACUGACUUGAUAUUGAAAAGUGGGUUUAUUUUUUAAGUGUGUGUGUGUGUGGAAUAUAUGUUAGAAGUUUGAGUCUGUUGUACAAAGAAUUUUUUGUUCGGGCUCUUCUGUGGGAAUUUGCAGUAAAACAGUGUGUGUGUUUUUGUUGUGUGUGUGUGUGUGUGAGAGAGAGAGAGAGAGAGAGAAAGCAUUAUUCAUUAUCAGUUAAAAAUAAGAACCUGCUUCCUGGUUUUUAGACAUGUAAUAUCAGAUGGUAAAGUGUAAGGGCAUUUUACCCUGAGUGUGUACGUACUAAUGUUGUGUAGAUGUUCCAAACUGUGACAGAGAAGUGGACAGGAAAGGCAGUGCUGUCAUUUUGAGUGUACGGUCCCUCCUCAGAUCCCCUUUUUGCAGCUGAAAGGACUCUGAAUGAAUGAAUGAAUAGCAGCUCUUUGUGUGAAUGCAUGCACACUUGCCAGUGUGUGUUUGUGAAUCUGUGCGUGUGUGUGUGUGUGUGUGUGUGAAUCUGUGUGUGUGUUUUUUUAAGCAUAUGUGUCUGCAUGCAUUAAAGGAGCAAAUGUGUACUUUCGGCAGUUAGAAAGUGUGUGCGAGUGUUUGCAUAUGGUCGUAGGAGAGUGUGAAAUUUAAGGGAGAGUAGGAAACACUGCAUAUGUGUGCAGUCACACGCGUGGUAUGUUUGUGAUUUGUACGUUGAUGUGGGUGUUUGUCUUCUUAUCAGCUUGUGAAAUGUGAAAGAAGAGUGAAUGUUUUUAUUUGAGGUUGACUUUUUAUUUUAGCAUCUGCUUAAAUGAGAAUUUGUUCUUUAGUUUUCAAAAUCCUGCCAAAUUAGUAUCCUCUAAAGUCCUCGGCAAUUGUUUAACAGCAAAAGUGAGAAAUUGGCACUGUAAAUCCCUCGGGGUCUUUUAUACGGACACUUCUUAAUGCAGAAUAUUUGCAUAUUAGAUAUGUGUAUGUUUGAAUAAUGGUAAUAAAUAUGGUCUAGAGUGCGCCUUCAAGGAUCAGUUUUAGUGUAAAUUUGAUCACACUGAUGUACUCACACUAGAUGUGACUCAGGAGUAUUUACACUGUAAAACCAUGUAAAAAAUCUACGGAUAGGUCAUUUUUUAUGGUAUAUAAUUCUCCUACCUGGGUUGACAACUAGCUGUUACAUAAUACUUUUUCAAGAACACAGAGUGGUUUUAAAAAGUCAAGAUUAAGAUUAAACUGUAAUUUACCUCUUUUUAAUUACAUGAAAUAAUACGCAUUGAAAUGAACUGUUUGCUCUUGUGGUCAGGAAAAAACUUUUGUGAGGGUUGACUGAUGUCACUGUCAAAUAUCUGAUAGCUGAAAAAAGGCAUUUUAGAUUGCUCUUCAGGACGCUGAUGUCGUUCAGAUCAUGCAGACUUAAUGUGUGAGAUCAGUCAGUGAUCCCAAUAUAUUAGUCAAAAGGAACAGGUUCAAGUUAUUCUCACAAUAUACAGAAAUAAAUUUGAGCAGAGUGAGUUCUUCUCUUAUGUAGGUUACAUUUUCCUGCUUUCUGUUUUUAUCCAUUCAGUCAGAAGUAAAGCAUCAAUCCCUCGGCUCUGUUAAGCUCCUCAACUGUCACACACACUUUCAAGAAAAAGCGUCGUACUUUCUGAGCCUUUGUCUGUGCCUUCACACCUAAAACACGCACUAAUGAGUAAGUGCAUUAAAUGCCUUUUUUGAAGUGUCCCCACAACUUCCUGUAAUAAAAUCGUUAAAUGAACAAGUAACUGUAAGCGAUGAGGUGAAGGAUGAGAUCUGCCUUCUUUUUUAUGGUGUCACGUGUGUGUUUCAUGCAGUGUGUGUGUAUGAGACAGAGUAACCAAGCGUCAAUCAUUGGGUACCGGAUAUGAUGUGUGAGCACCAAACGUCUGUUGCCAUGGCAACAAAGCAAACAUCACACUGAUGUAGCCAGUACAAAACACAAACACAAAAUAUUCACAAAUAGAAAAAGCGACCACUGUUUUUGUGCGUGCGUGUGUGUGUUUGUGUGUGUGUGUGUGUGUGUGUGUGUGUGUGUGCUUUCACAUGUGCGUGUGAGAGUGUGGCGUGUGUGCGUGUCACUUUUCACUGAAAGAAAAGGGAACUUCAGCAUGCUCACAUGUGUUUGCGCACCAACUCAUUAGUUGUGGCUCCGUCUUAAAGCAUCUUUGGUUUUAUAGUCAACAUUUCCCUGCAAACAGAAACGGAUAAUCAGAGGGUUUCCUGUAAAUUAUUUAAGCAGAGACUGAACUGUUCCAGGUCAGAUAUCUUGUGCGCACUUAUUAUAUUUACAACACAGCCAUUUCCACACUUGUUUUUUUUUCACUGUCAUUAUUAAGACAUAUUUUACUUCUUCUGCGUUUACUAGGAAUGACACCGAAUGUAAAAGCUCUGAACUCACCGACCAAAGUGAGUGUGUGGUGUACUUUUUGUAGUGAUGAACUCGACGACCUUGCUGCUGUAGAGGUCUUGAAUGAGUGUUUUGGCUCUGGUACCUUAAUCUUGGUUUCAACAGACACUCCAGCUCACUAUGCAUGACCACGAAGUCAAACUGCAGUUACGUCACAUGUGACACGUUUGGGAUUUUUCAAAUGCUGAAUUUCAAGUUGUAGAUGAUUAUAUAAGCAAAAUAACAAUUUAGCAGUUCUUCAAAUCAAUUGUACGUGAUUCUCAGUAAAUGUCUCGCUGUGUUGCUCACAUACACGUGCAGUUUGUGCAACACAGUAAACAUGUCACGCUCCCCUCGGUACAUGUGAAAACACUUUUCGCACUGUUAUUUUACACUUGGACACGUCUUUCUCCCCGUCUCACCCGCUUUCCUUGUCCUCGUUUUUUAUUUUAUUUCUAAAAAAUUAUGACACAUUUGUUUUAACCCUUCACUCCAUCGCAUUGCAGUGGCUUCGCCUCCCCUCCUCUUCACUUCGCUCUCUUCAUCCUGGUCUACCCGGAUACGGAUACCCGGGAAUAACAUCCCCACUCCCUCCCGCCCCCUGCUUUACGUAACACUUAAAACCCUGCAUAUCCUCCCUGGCCAUGGCAACAACCACAUCUGGAUCACACAGCCAUCUAGACUGGCACCGAAGCGUAUGUGAAGCCCUCAAGACUUACCACAAAAGUCAUGUGCAACAAUAAUCCUGUUUUCUAUUUAGUGGAGCAUUCUUUUGGGGGAUUCUCAAAAUGCUCGGAUGCAGUAGGACUCCUCAGUCUGAAGUGCCUCCAAGACUUUGAAUGUGUACACAUAAAGUUGGACCAGUACGCAGAUUUGUAACUGCUGCCUCUCUAUCUUGGUUUAAUCUUGUUGAUUCAUUUUAGCCGGUCAUUGUCUAAAUGUGUUCCUCGUAUCCAGAAGUUUGAAAUAAGGAGAGAUUAAAAUAGCGCAGGAAUUCCUUUCUCUCUCCUUCAUCCCACUCUUUUCCUCUUCUUUCCUUGUAUCUCCUGCUCCACAGUCACAAUUCUGCCUCUGCUUCUGUCGUCUGCUGGCCAUUUUUCUGCAGGCUAGUAGUGCCCCCAGAUGGCCAAACAUAUUCAUUACAAGUUCCUUCACACAAUGAAUGAUAAGAUCUGGGUCUUCAACACUGGUUUGAAGUUUAUGUAUUUUCCCCUGUGUUAAUUAUUCACUGUGAGGCAAAGAUUGAGCAAAUCUACAUAUGUUUAUAUGGACUGUGAAUUGUGUUUUGUGGGCCAUGUUAUCUACUUUGCUCCCGGUGCUAAAUGAUUAAUCGUUCUUGAUACUCACUAAUGACGGAUUUUUUGCAACAGUUCUGAAUGGAUUUUUUCUCAACUUCAACUUUAGCUGUAGUAUGUACCUGAUAGAGACCAAGGUCUUCGAAUAUCUCCUUUUUUCAUUUUAGAUAUGUGCAUCACAAUUUAUGUAAAACUAUAAGUAUAAUAGUUGAACCAUAGACCAUCACAAUCUAAUGCAAUUAAAUGCAUCAGAUUGUGAUGGUCAGUUGCAGACUUGUGACCGCAGGCGACUUGGGGACCUGUGCCCAACAUAGCUGUUGCCAUGGUAACUGCAAAGGACUGGUGGAUCGAGUUAUAAUUGGACAGAGCAAAUGGUGGGUUGUGGGAGGGAGAGACACUGAGCACAGGGGUGGAAGAUGAAUUAAGGGAUGAGAGAGAUGGGAUGGGAAAGCGAGCAAAGGCGGCGCUCCUUCUGCAUAGUGCCGGAGUAGGUAAAGAGGGGGAGGAAAAGUUUCUUUUCCUGCACAAGGUCACGUGUUUGACAGAUGUAAUUGGGAGGCAGAGACAUGCACGCAUAUGCACAUUAAAAGCAUGAUGUCCGUAAGAGAAGACAACCAAUGAAAGCUGCUGAACACCUACACACAGAUACUGCACCGCCAGCACGGCAGCGGGCACAGAUAGUUAUGCUCAACUAAGGGGAAUUUCUCUUCUGCUGUUUUUUCACACCUCUCUUAUGCUUUCCUUUCUCCACCACUUAUUUCUGUUCUAUGUGACUAAGCUCUAAAGUGCUGCGGUUUCAAACCAGGGUUUCGUGCUUACCUCACCUCCUCCCUCUACAUGCGUUUUUUAACUUUAGAAAACAUCUAUAUGUGCCCAUAUUGUUCUGCAGCAGUCAAACUUGUAUCUGGGGUUGGACAAGUAUUUAUAACACAGAGAGUUGGCUUAUCUUUGCUAACACUUUACAAACAACAGAAAAAUUAGUUUACUUUAUUGAUUUAUCUGCUUAUGUAUUUCUUUACAAUUUGAACAAUUGUUUUACUUUAUACAAAGUCUAGAGUGUGGAAAAAAAUUCUUAUUACAGUGUUAACCCCACUAUCUAGCUCACAGUCCACAAAUAAGCAGGCACAACUGUCAUAAAUUACAAGAAAAAAACGCAGAAAUCCGAACUCAGAAGGGUUUUAUUGCCAUUGUCAAUGAACAGGAUUCACAGACUAGGAAUUUUGUUUCGAAAUGAUGGUGCAACAUUAAACAGAGAGGUAUAUAAAAUACUAGUAUACAAACUAAUAAGAGCAUACAAGAAAUAUAUAAAGUAUAAAAGGCUAUGUACAAUAAAGUAUAAAGGCUAUUUACAACUACACAAUAUGGAACAACAGUGCAAUGGGAGGAGAAAGGAAAAACAAAGAAAACAAAAGAUAAAAAAAAUUAUAAAAAGUGAGUGACAUGGUAAAUUAAAUAUGUAUUUCUCAAAACUGUGAAAAGUAUUAGAUUGAUCAUUAAUCAGUGGACAUGUCAAUGUAGCUCUACCUGCCAAUUCACCCAGAAUUCAGUUAUAUUUAAGCCAGGCUGAGGAAAAGUAUUGGAAGAGUCAUCACUCUGCUCUGAAUCAGUGGUCAGAUCCAUUAAUUCAUCACAGUGACUUGUAAUGUUUACCCAGGGUUGAGACCAUUGAGUUGCUACAGUAAUCCCUUUUCUCCACCCUAUCCUCUGUCCUCUCUCACCCUCUUUGCCUUCCUCUCACACAGCCGAGCUGUCAGCCUUCCACAGCUUACCACACUGUUUGCAAGAUUGACUUGUUGAGGGCUCAGUGCAGUUGAUAAGUCUGUAAUCUCUUACUUUCUGUCUCGUUUUCAAAUGCCUACUGGUUUAACCUUAUUUUAUGCCGGGGAAAUGCCCCAGCAUGGAAGAAGUUGAGACCCCUUUUUUUUUUACAUGGUGAAAGACAUUUUUUAAGAUGGCAACAGACAAGGGAGAUAAGGGCAUAUGAUAGUUGAGUUUGGAUGAAGCUUUGACAUAAUGCAAAUAUGCUUUUAAAAUGUGAUUAUUUUGCCCUUUUCUUUGUACUGUACAGUUGCAAAAGUGACAUUUGUUUGGUGUUUUCUAUGAGAAACUGAAACCCAGGAUGUAGAGGGUUAACUUUUUUACUGCUGAGUACAGCAGCUGCCAGUGGCUCUCACAACCUCAUUGGGUAGCACCCAUGCUCAGGAUGAGUAAUUAAGUCCCUCCCAGUAUUGUAUUUGUCUUAUGGAAAGAUGAGCUAAGCAAAGCAUCACUUCUUGACUCAUGACAGGAAACCAAAUCUAGCAAACAUAUAGUCUACCUCCCUCACCGAGCAGUUUUAAAUCUGGAAGAUAUCUUCAAAUGCUUUGUCUCUCUUUGCCUCCCCCAUCUGUGCCCCCCGUGGCCCUCCUCUCUUUUAAAGAAGUUCUGUUUUCACAAGUUGUUUUCUCUCCACCCACCUACCCACCUCCUCCAUCCCUCCCUCCCUGCCUCUCCUGCUGAAAAUGACUCUCAGUCUAUUUUUACCCUCUGGUCCUCUCCACUCUUAGCCGUUCCACCCUUUUUCCCUCUUUAAAAACCACCCCUACUCUCCUGUUUUCAAUACUGUUCUCUGCCGUCUGUUUUCCCUCUCGCUCCCUUUCCCUGUGAGUGUUGCAUCAGAACAUUUAAAAUCCUGUCUGGAGGAGGCACAUUUGCAUGAUGGAGAGAUGGAAAAAUGUUUGGGGAUUUGAAAGAUGGAAAAUUACGCCAUUUUCUUCUGUGUUCUUGACACAAAGAGUGUUGCACUGCCAAUGUUUGAAACUCUUCUGAUUUAUAAUACAAUCUUGAGAGAUAAUAACACACAUUGCAUGUGACCCCGGGUUACAAUGCAGUGUUAUUUUGCAGGGUUUGGUUAUGCAUUGUCAUCUUGACCAAAGAACCCUUGUCAGCAUCUAUUGCCUGUGCAAGCUGCAUAAAAAGACCUAACGCACUGUGGUGAGUAAACGAUACACAGCGCUCACUAGUGCCACCCUACAUUUGAAGGUCUUUGUUGGUAUUAAAGUUUUAAUAGCACAUUUGUAAGUGGGAGGGACCUUGUCUAGAGUCUGUUACGCAAUUGGUUGGCCUACAUCUGAGUGUAGGCUUUGUAUUCGUAGUUUAAAGCAUCCGUCAAGGUUUACUACGAGUCCUGCACGAAUGACAUGAGCACGGGGUGGGACUACUGAAAGAAACACAAAAGUAUAUAUUUUUGAGAUACUACUACAACACAUGAUAGCAAUUCAACGCGGAUGCAAUAAAGCCAUUGUCUUUUAUUUUCCGUAAAUAUAUACUUAAGAUGAGCUCAGUUUCAGAGGCAGAGAGAGCAGCUGGUUGUAAACCCGGCUGAAAUUUGCAUAUGACUGGCAUUCCAGCGCACACUCGGACCAAUCAGCUCUCACGGCGGGUAGAUGACAGGUGGCUGCAUUGGCCAAUGGGCGAGCAGAUACUGCAGAGAGGAGGCGGGACAAGGCUGGGCGAGGUUGACAGGACGAGAAGAGGAGGGGGGGCGAGUACAGGGGAGGGGGGGCAAAGCAGCCUAGUUUACAACAAGAGGAAGAGGGAGGGAAAGAAAAAGAAAGGGCCAGGGCUUGUGAAAGAGAGAGAGAGGGAGAAAUUAAGAGAGUAAACUCGGACUCGAACCUGCCAAGAUGAUAGACGAGGAUUCUUUUGGACUAAAACAACCCUCGUAACGUCAAGUAUUAACCGAACCGGACGGUGCGCGCGCCGUUGUCGUCCGCACACUCACAGAGAGAGGCUAGCUAACCUGCUGCAGACGGACGGACCUUACCAACGGCUUUAACCGUAACGUAACUGUACCCUUUCUCGCACAGCCUCCUCUUGGCUGGUUCGUGUCUACUAGUAGUUAGACAUUUUUUUAAGCGGCAAGUCAGUGGCUGUCUCUGGUAAUAAGAGAGGAAAAUAUAUCAGCGUUUCGCCCCCCGUUUUUCCUCGCCGUGGUCGCUUAUAUCGCCGUGUUUCUAGGCUCAUCAGUUGCUAGCUUAACCGCCAGGUCUGUGGUGCCAUAUCGGUCAGGUAGUAAACGGGUUGGUUAUACUGAAAAGAUGUCAGCUAAGCUCCAGCUUUAAGUGAAGACUGCUGUGUUUGGUAGCUCUCGUGAUAAACAAACUGAUGGAUAGCGGGGCUUGUUAGCACUCGGUGAUGGAUGAAUGCACCAGAUUUACAGCAAACGGCAUCUGCUUAUGUGUAGUAAACACGAACAAGCCCACGUUUCUCGCCAUCCGUUCCUAGGUGAUCUUCGGUCUUGUCAGGUUAAGACAGGUGCAUUGUGUUAUUAAGGGGAUAACAAGUUAGUAUUUAUUAGUGUUAGUGUGUUAUCCAGUAUUAUCCAGAAUAGUUGGCAGCAAAUGCGCAUCAACACACUUUUGUAGUUGAGACAUGAGAGAAAUUGCGUUUCUUUUGCCUCUGUCUGUGCGACGGGUGCACAACCAGGGGCGUUACCGGGAGGUUGGUCCAGUUUGGAGUGGUGCACUUGAGGCUCCGAUUGUUGCUAGAGGCAGCUAAAUGGUCUCCUCCGUUGUUUAUUCUAUGAAACAGCAAAUAUCAAAACCAGGAUGAUUAUGUAAACACCACACACUCGGACAAGAAGCAGAUUCUUAACGCCGCCCUUUUCCAAGUCACAAGUAGACGAAUCACCUUAGCUUUGAUCGCACCACUUUGCUUGUUGCAGUGUUGGAUAGUCUGAUCGAUAAGGUGCCCUCCUACAGCAGCUUUGGAGCUCUUCUACUCGGAUGCUUUCUUUGCUUUUGGUACCCAACAGAGCCCACCCGUCUGCUGCUGCUGCAUUGUAGCGCAGAGCGAGGAUAGACAUGGCCCAGGAAGACUGCGUAGUUUUCGGGUGGAUGUUUUAAUCCAGGCCGUGGAUGGGCUCGAGGCCUUGUUAACCCCUUCUCCACCAAGCUGCUGUAGUAAUGUAAACAAACAGGGAGAGAGGGCAUCGGGGGUAAUUAGACCAAAGGGAGGAGGAACCUUUCCUUCGAUCAUAAUCAUCGUUUUUAUUCGGCGUAUACACACUAUUGCAUUUUUACAUAUUUAACUUAAGUUUCGUAUUGUAUUACAAUCGUUUAUUGUACAUUUUGUCCACUGAUGUUAAUUCCGUGUGCGAUAUUUGAUUGCGGCAUUCUGCAAUAGAGGGAUGGAUUCUACUUGAGUGGUGUUUUUGUAUUUUACUUGCUUUUUUUUAAACCGAGUAGACCCCACCUCUUUGCUACAUCUUCAAACCUCCAUCAUGCGAGUAUAUGGUGAUUUAAUCAUUUUGCAUCCUGUUGGGGUGAAACGGAUACAGGCGCUUGUGUGCACGUGUCGUCACCUGUGAGCCUGCCAGCAACAUCAGCUCGAGAUUUUGGACUGAUUAUGUUUACCUGCUAGGAAUUGAGUUUUGUAAAGAGAAUUUUUUUCAAGGACAUAUCAUUUUUCAUUUUGGGAGAAGCAUUAAGGAUUUAAUUAAAUCAUGUUUUCAUCAGAGAAUCCUCAGUACCUCCGCCAAGGAUUAAGCAUGUUUGGUUAGUCCAUGUCACUUCCAUAGUUGUUGAUGUGCAAUGCAUUUCUGUUCACAUACAGCUGUAUUUAUAUAACUGCCUUUUCAAAGCACUAAGCAAUCCUCAAGUGUUGCAUUAUAGGAUUAGGCUUAUAUACUAAGUGUUUGUUAAUAGAAGUUUUUUUGGACAAAGCAUCUCUCAAAGGAGAUUAUCUCAAUCAAUAACACAACUAUUAUUGCAGUCUCCUGUUUAUUUAUGAUGGUUCAGAUUGUACCAGCUUUGAUUCUCUAUCCAGUCUGUUAUUGAGAACAGAGAGUCCUUUUGUACAUCUGCUGUGGUUGGAGUGAUCUAACCAGUGAAAUGAUUUAAGGUGGACCACUGUGGCAGUCUUGAUAUCCUCAACAGUUCAUGUAUCACUGAUAUUACCUACUUCUGCUGUGAGGUAGAUGACUGCAUUGAGUUUAUCCUUGAGUUAUAACUACGUAUUUGUAAUUCUUUCAUCCUACAUGAAUUAAAAAAAAAAAACUUUGACAAGUGGUCUUAAUAAACAAGCAGAAAAAAAAAAAAAAAGGAAUGUACUUCAAAUUUUAGUCUGUCCUCAUGAGCCCUUUGUCACCCAAUAAGGAAAUGACAUCUAGAUGCAAGAGGAUCUUGUUCUUUGAAUGUGAUAUCUGGCCAGGAAAUUGUUUUAGAUGCAAAAAUGUUAGUUGUUAGCACUAAACAGUACUGUUUUCUUCUGCAGUAUGGACCAAUGUCGAGCCACGGUCAGUUCCAGUCUUCCCCUGGCAUUCAUUGGUCCCUUUCCUGGCACCUACCCAAUCAGAUGCUUCUUCUCAGCCUGCAGAAGGCCAGCACCCUGUCAACCACCCUCAAUCGGCCAGUCUGAAGUCAGGUACUGAUUAAGCUCAAGCCUGACCUCAUGGCUGUGGAGGACACGUUCUCAAGAUAUUCAUUUUCUUUUUGAAUGUUAUCCCUGCUUCAAAUACUGUAACUUAUUCCCUCUGCUUUGAACAAACAUCUCUUUGUUUUUCUUCCAUAGAGUGUCAGGGGGUGGCAGCUCUGUCACAAGAGCCUGCAGAGGCACCUCCCACAGUAGAGAGGGGUUCCCUGUCCAGGCCUCCCCCCUCUUCUGAUGAACCACCUCCAGAGAAGGAGAAAGGAGAAGCAGAGAGGGAGAGGCCUGACAGUGAGACAGAAAGCGACGUGGAUGACCCGUAAGUGCAGAAUUCAUGUUUUAGAGAUUUUGGAUGCAAAAAUGUCAAAGAAUCAUGAAAUCCGUUGGGCAUAUUCUCUUAUCUGUUUUUUACAAGAGUGGUUAUGUAUUGUUCAAGUCAGCCUUCGCAGUAAUUUUCUGUGUGGUACUGUGUACCCACACAUACAGUAAGGGAGUGUGAUAUUUUCUGUAUCCUCACGCUAAUUUGGGCAGAAGAGCUCAAUGCCAGAACAAAGCAGAUGGGAACAAAAGCAUUCCAUCUCUGGGCUCUAUCACUAUAUGAAAGGCAGUGGCCAGGCUGUCAGGCAUUGAAAUGGAUGAGCUAUCUGCUGAAUCUGCUGAUGUAUCUCAUGGGAGUUGAACUACUUGGGCUCUGUAUCUACACCCAAUAGACUUGCAGCUGUAAGAUAAAUAAGUGUAGUUAUAGUGUAGAUAUUUUUUCUCCAAUAUUUAAAGAAGUGUCUUACUUAUGUCUGAAAACUGUCUUUUUUUACAUCAACAAGGGCUUUUUUCUCCCCUCAGCUUCCUCCCAGGAGUUGUACCAGAGCAACCCCUCUCUACAUCACCAGUAAAGCGACGUACUCAGUCUCUCAGUGCACUGCCCAAAGAUGGAGACAAGAGCAGCCCUGGAAAGGUAAUUUUUCACCAUUUUCACAAGGACAUCAAAAUCCUAAAACAUUGAUUUAACUUCAUUUUGAAUAUGCCUGAUAAUAUCUUUAACUUGCAGAGGGAAAAGGACCAUAUCAGGCGACCUAUGAAUGCAUUUAUGAUCUUCAGUAAGCGCCAUCGAGCACUGGUGCACCAGCGGCACCCAAACCAAGACAAUAGAACAGUUAGCAAAAUCCUGGGAGAGUGGUGGUAUGCUCUGGGACCAAAGGAGAAACAGAAGUACCAUGAUUUGGCCUUCCAGGUACAGUGACACAUUUUCAGUCAAAAGUGAACUCCUGAAAUGUGCUUUUGUGCAGACAUGUAGUGGGUAAAACUUCUCCUCUUUCAUUGUCCCCCCUCCUGUGCUCAGGUGAAAGAGGCCCACUUUAAGGCCCACCCAGACUGGAAGUGGUGCAACAAAGACAGGAAGAAGUCCAGUUCUGAAGGCCGUGGGGUCCCAGGGGGGAAAGACAUAAGAGAGAGGAGCAUGUCUGAAUCUACAGGUCAGUUCAUUUAGCUCUAGAAUCACACAAUAAGAACAUAAACAACGUUGAGUCUUAUUUGCCAUAUUGUCAUCAUCCUGUCAUUGACUAGUCAUCUUGUCUGCCCCCCCCCACAGAGCCCCAUUCUGUGGAGUUGAAGGGGGUUGUCCCAGGUCUGGUGGGUGUGUCUGAAAGGAGUACAGGAGAAGGUCAUGUGAGCCAACUCACCCGCCCUAGAGCCUUCUCUCAAAGCGCUAUGCACAGCCUAGAGCGGUGUGACAGGGGGAAUACACAGGCCCUGGCAGAACUGGCACAGGUGAGGCGAACAUAGCUCAUAGACCUGAAGAUGAUUAUUUUUUUAUAUACGUUGAUAUAACUGCAUAUAUUAAAAGAAAGCUGUGGAUCAUUUUCUCUGUUCUGAAUGCAAUCUCCCUCUAACAUUUAGAUGUGUGGGGAUGGUGGCAGUCAGUUUUCCAGUCAUGCCCCGCCCCUGUCACAGUCUCAGCGGGGCGUCAGCGAGGAUAUGACCAGUGAUGAAGAGCGCAUGGUCAUCUGUGAGGAAGAGGGAGAUGAUGAUGUCAUUGGUGAGAAACCAGACCUUCUCUGCUGAGAAAUCCAAAUGCUGUAUUAGAUUCACUGAAGUGUUACUGUACCACUUCUUAUAUUACUGACCCACUCUAUGGCAACUACUCAUUGAAAUCCAAUUGAAUGAUCAUUAACAAAAAACAAUAGGAAGUAAUAAUUCUGUGUAUUAAUACAAUAAUACGAUUCUCUAGUUCAUCACUGUCAGACUCAGUGAAGCUGUUAGGAGGUUUUGUUGUCAAUCACAUUGAUGUGGUUGUGUUAUUUAUGUCCGAUUUUUGACCUGACAUUAAUGAGAGCUGGUUCAGUCUCUAAGUACAACCUCACUAAGUUGGAAUCAUAUGUUGCAUGGAAUAUCAAGUGUAGCUGUAGUGUUGUUUUCUACUUCACAGAGGAUCCUUAUCCCAGCAGUUCCAUAGACCUUAAGUGUAAGGAGCGGGUGACUGACAGCGACAGUGAGAACGGUUCAGGGGACGAAAGUGAUCGGAAGGUAACUGGACUAACUGAUGCUUUUAUCACCUCAUAGAUCUAUCAUUUGUGCUCAAAGACGAGUCAUUUAUUCCACCAAUCUGUCUUCUUUUCCAGAGAGUUUUUGCUCCAGUCAUUUGCUCUUCUACAUUAUCAUCUUCUUCACACCACCCUCCUCAUGGCAGGAGUGUCUCACUGUCCUCUUAUCCCACCAGCAAGCGCUAUGAUGAAGGGAGAUCUGGAGGUGGAGGGUUUUCAGAUCACAGGAGGAAAGAAAGAGGAGACGGAGAGGUUAAGGACACAUUUAGGGGAGAUGGUGGUGGUGGGGGAAUGCAAGCCAUUUCCCUCUCCCUCUCCUCUGGCCAGUCUGUUAUCUCCACUUCUCCAGCCGGGGGGCCUCCGUCCUCAUCAGUAAGCUCAAGUGGAACAAACCCAUUCCUGGGCACUGGUGCUGUAAGGGUGGCCUCCACAGUGGUGACCAAUGUAAUGCGCCCCAUCAUCAGCACACCACUCCCCAUUGCCAGCAAACCUAGAGAUGGAGGCACUUCAUCCAGCCCACAUCCACCAGAGAGGAAGUCCCUGACACCCCAGCAGCAGCCUCAACUUCUGAUUGGUUCAGGGCCAGGAGGUGUGGCCACAGCCACUGGGGGUGGGUACUACUCUUCAUCAUCACCUAAUCCUGUAGCUACAGGCAUGGGUCCUGGUGGCGUAGUGACUAACUUGGUAUUAGGGGGAGCUCUUUCUGCUCAACCUGCUGUGCAACUCAUCACCCCCUCCCCUCAGCCUUCCCAGCAACAGGCACUCCCCCCCACUGCUAUUUCAGCCCCACAUAGCCAAACCAACGGGCCCCUGCCUCUGCCCCUGCUUCAGCCUCAGUUCCUUCCCGCCUCUUCCCUUGCUUCCCCUGGGGGUAAGGCCAUCACACAAGUUCAGUACAUCCUGCCCACCCUACCUGCCAGCACCCACCCCAAGAGUCCACCUCAGCAGCUCAGCCAGCCAACUAGUGUCUUCAACCUGCCCACAGCUCCACCCUCACAUACGUCCCUGGCCAAUGGAAAGCAGCAAGGUGCAGGGUCACUGACAGGGUAUACGUCCAGUCCAGCGGUGGGAAUGGUCAGCCCGGGGACUCGAGGUGAGUUUUCUAGAGGAGUUGUGUCGUGACAAAGCCUUAAAUACUUACAGCUAUCGUUUUCUGGUGACUCCGAUUAGCAAGUCCAUUUCCCUUUUUUCUGCCUGUAGUGCAAACACAGUCUCCAGUCCUGCAGGGCAAAAUGCUUGUUCCCAUGGCAACAGUGCGGACAGCACAAGCCCCUGCCCAACAGUUUCCCAUUGUGGCUCCACCUCUUCCUGUCCAGAACGGUGCUCAGGCUGGGAGCAAGGUCAGUGAGCAACUACACCUGAGAAGUUAAUGAGAACUCAUGAACUGAUACGUCUUUGUACUGCCAAGUACAACAAGAAAAACAAAUCUCACCACUUAGACCAGCCAUUCUGUUAUUAUUACAUUGUUGUAUUACAUUGUUGGUUUCCUUUUCUUUAUGGCUGCCUCUUUCCCUCCCUCCCCAGAUCAUCCAGAUAGCUCCCAUGCCUGUUGUCCAAUCCCAGCUGCCUCAAGGAGGAGCAGUCCAUCCUGCCAGCCCCUUCCCUGUGGGCACAGCAGCUGUAGUGGCUCCAGGUUCGGCCCACUCCCAGGCUGUACUCCUGCCACCAGCACCUACCAGGUAAGAAACAUUCAUCUGUACCUCUUUAAACCUCCUUGAAAACUUUUUUUUUUUUUUUUAUUGUGCCAUUGUACCACCUUGAUAACAUCUGGUCAGUAAUAAACAUACAUAUUAACAGGAGUACUAUAUCAUAUGCUGGUUCAAGCAACUGUGUCUUUAUGGUGUAGCUGAGGUGGUGAGUGCUGCACACAACCAAGAGCCAAAAAGUUUGCCAACUCAUCAUCCGUACUGACAGAAUUAUUUAGUGCUUUUCCGUCAUUUCAUGAAACCCUUUUUUUAGGCAUGGUGCUGACAGAGACAUUUUUUUAUUAAAUUGAUACUUUAUUUGAUUUUCCUUCAGCAUACACCCUCAGUUCCAAAAAAGUUGGAACACUGUGUACAAUGUUGAUCUUGAUGGUUUGUAAUUCACUUAGAGUUAAACUGAUUUGAAACCAAACAAGGUCUUCGAGAUUGUAUUUGUACAAGAAACAGAAAGAUGUGUUAUUAAAUGUGUUGUAUCUUCACUGCCAUGUACUUAAGAGUGUUUAAUGUGUGCAUAGUGAGUUUCAGUCGUCAUUACAUUUCCUGCUAUCAGAUAGUUUUUCAUUUGUUUUUAAUUAUGUUGAGGUUAUUAGUCUAAUGUGAUUAGUGGAUCUCACCUCAGGUUUGACUGUAUACAUGUAAAAAUAACAUGUGACCAUGUUAUUUAGUGGUUACUUAGCACUGAUAAAAGGCAUGUGAAAUAUGUUCUUUUGUGUUCUACUCUCGUGUUGUAUCUUGGAGGUACAGUAGGUGAGUCUGUGAUUUGGAUGUCAGCGUAACAUCUGAGAACGAAAUGAUUUUGUUGUUCGAAGAUAACAAGGUAUCAGGCUGUGAACAAUGGGUAAAUUGUUGAGUCCUAAGAGGAAGUUGCCAUGGAUUUUACAAGCUCUGCUAUACGGUCUUGCUGUUGGUUAAGUGGUUUCCAAAUAUAGAAACAGGCUAUUGUUCAAAGCUUGGUUCCACACGUAAAUGAAAAUGGAAUCGGAUGACUCUUUGUAGUUGUGCUCAUUCAUCUGCAUGCUUGUAUAGUUUAUAAUAGGGGGUGAUGUAAAUCAAGAUGUUUGAAUGUAUGUCUUUGCUCUUAUGGUUUCAUUUGUGAAUUAAAUGGUGUUAGACAUGGGCGCAGAUUUUCUUGGAAAACAGAAGUUUGUUCGGUUUUCUUUGUAUUGAAAGUUACAUAAUAUGAUUUCAGCUAGUCAUGCUUAGAGUACUGUCAGUUGUUGCUGUCAUGUUUGCAUCAGUGGUCAAUCAAACUUCUAGUGUUCUCUUCUCAUUUGAAACUAGUGAAAAUGUAUUCAAUUCUUCCACCAUGAAUAUUAACUCUUGUGUAUGAGGGAAUCUGUUUGAAAUACUGCAACACUGCUCCAGGUCAAGUUUGAAAGAGAAGUUCUCACUUGAGAUGAGAUUCUUAUAAAAUUAAGAAUUUGAUCUUUGCCCUUUGGUGCAACAAUGUAAAAAGAAAAAUUCAGAAAUUCCCAAUGAUCAAACAAAUCAGCCAAUUUUCCCUGAUGGUUUAGCGCCCUUUAUGCCAGCUGCUUAUAUCUUAAUCCAAUGAAAUGCUUUGCCUGAAAAAUAGAAAAGAUAUCAGAAAUCACUAACAAAAUAGUGAGAGCUCUUCAUACAGGGGCUUUUCUCCUUUAUCAUGUUGCUUUCCUACUCAUCUUUGCUAUACCUUCACAAGUAGCUGCCAAGAUAUCAGCCAAGAUAUCCGAGAAGGGCUUUGAACCAAUUAUAAACCAGAAAGCUAGAAUAACAUCUGACAAACAGGCUGCAUUAAUGAACAGAAGCUAACCUGACUCACCCCACCCUGGGAUACUGGUGGUUGCAGGAGUGGUUCAUUUAGUGUAUUUCCACAUAACAGCUUGUUGUAAAAAAUGAUAAGGUUAGCCGUUUUUAUGGUCUGUGUUAUACUCUUGAAUAAAUAUCUUUAAAAGAUGGACCCAUUUAGAGCUUCAUCUUCUUGCUGCUGUGCUCUCUAUUGAAGCAAAUAAUUCAUAAUACAUGACUCUUUCCCUCACUGAAUGUUAGACAGCAGCCACUCAUGGGACUUGCAGUGAUUCACAGUCUAGGAAAAAAUUGCUAGCACCACUUACCAAAGAUAACUCCCCUGCAACCAUCCUUUGACUUAAAUCAAUUAGGUUACCAUCUGCAGAAAUUGUGUACUCAGCUCUAAAUAGAGAGCAAAUCGAAGUUGAAUGCACAUGACUGUUUUCAGCCUUUGUAGGAAAGGUUUAUACAACCACAAUAGACAGAUCUAAUACCUUUCCAGCGGGACCUUCUUGUUAAGUAACUACGAAUAAAAUAACUACGAAUAACAGAAAUAUUUUUCUAUUAACUGUGAAUAAAUAUGUCUCUCUUCUGUAGGUUAUGGAUUGAAUUAAAUAAGAAGAGAUCUAAGUAAUUGCAUUGUUUCCUUUGGCAGAGACUUCCAUAUGGACUGUAUGUUUCUGUCCUACAGCAGAGUGAGCAGACAAUACGAGAAACAAAAACUCCGACAGGGGUGCAGCUGUAGCAGUGCAGCUCUAUUCUGGAUCUGUUAGUCAUGCUGCUGGUGGCCCAAGUUGCCUCUGCCUGCCACCCCCACACUACCUCUUAGCUCCUAGCACACACACACACACACACACACACACAAACAGCACUAGUCAUCCUGUGCUGCUUGCUGUGAUGUACACUCACCCCCUGACCCUCACUGCAGCACUUCUUUUUUUGUCUUCCUCUUUCCUCCUAAUCAUGUCUCUGUUCCCUUCAUUGUGGUUGUUGCUCAUUAUUGUACCUCAACACCUGCUGUCACCUCUUGUGGGGCUGUCGUGAUUUAUUGUCUCUCAAACAUAUGUUCUUCUUUCCAUUUCCCUCUCUCCUUUUUUUGUUCGUUUGUUUUUCAUUUUCCCUCCUGUAAUCACCUCCAAUUUUUUGAUUGUCUCCUCCCCAGGAUCACCUACGUCCAGUCCACUCCAGGGGUCCCAUCCACUCUGCCUCUUGUCUCCACAACAACAGGCUCCUCCACCACCCAGCAAGCCCUUCCAGUGGCUGGAUCUGCAUAUGUUCCAUCACCCUUGGCAACUCUUGGGUUCACAGCCAUCGCACCACCUGGACAGACGCUUGUACAGCCGCUGAUUGCAGGUCUGUGCGGAGAAGAGAGACACAUGGGUUCCAUACUUUGUAUGUUAGCUUAGUGAUUUUUACAUAUCCUCUAAUAUCAGGUUUAUGAUUUACACCGCAUAAAACAUUUUUAUGUCUCGUUUUCAAAAAUCUUUCACAAAAAAAUGAAAAAAAAAAUUAUAUUGCCUUGAGGCUUUAAAGAAAUUGUAGGUGGAUGGUGUCCAAAAACAGCAAAUUCAAAAAUCUUUAGUAGUCAGUGUUCGAAUAGUCCGCUUUAGUAUACUUCACUCAGUCCAUUUUUUUUAUUUGAACACUGUAUCCACUCAAAACCUGCUCAGAGUAAAUAUGACUGUUGUAUAAGAUUAGGUCUCUUAAGUUACUGAAGCAGUAUAGCUCUGUGUUUUCCUUUAGCCUUUAAAACUUAUGAACACUACUGUAACAAGUGGUUCCUUAUUUUGAUUUUUGACAAAUAUCUACAUUUGUCAAACACUCCUAUCUGUUUUAAAAAUAUUUCUGUUAUUGGUUUGGUGUGAUUUUAUGACCAAGUCUCAGUACCAGCUGCAGUUAGGCCAACAAAGUUACUCUAGGAAUAGUUAAGUACUAUGAAAAAAAUAAUUGUGCAUGGGCCAGUCCCUGCUAAUACAUAAAAAAGACAAGAAAGCAGUACUCGUGUGACAAUGCUGGAUUUAUGAUUGAAAAAAAAAAAUCUAACUUUCAUGGCCUCUUUCCUUGAUCCAGGUCAGCCUCCACUCCUAGCUACAGCUCAGUCUCCAUCGCCCUCCACCUCAGCUUCUGCCUCAGGCUCCGGCGGCCAGAUAGUCACCGCCAUCUACCCUCCUUCCCCCAGCGUCACCAUGGCAACAGGGGUGGUCUCCAUGACAGCGGUACCCCCCAGCGUGGUCUACUCUGUCUCCAGCCCCUCCAGCGCUUCCCCUCACAUCCUGUCCAAACACACAACAACCCCAACUGCAGUCACGCACCCACAUCCGCAGCUCCAUACGGACAGACAGGCAGACAGACACCUGACCGUGGACAGACCUGCAGAGCGACAGACUGACAGACAGGCUGAGAGACAGACAGAACUGCUCGUGCACUCUGACAGACAGCUGGAGAGGCAGCCGCAGUUCUCCAACAGCUCAGUGGCGCCUCCCAGUGGUUCAGCUUUGUCUAUAAGGCCCUGCAGUCCUCCACUUCAGACCCAAACACCUGGUAGUUGUUGUUAUUAAAUAUUUUACAUCACAAGUAUGAUUCAUUGCAUUCUGUCGAUUCAUAAUGAACUGUUUUAUGUUUACAGGAAGUACACCAGGUACACCCAAACUAACCCAGCUUCCCGUCAGAACCCCUCAAAAAGUGAAGGCAACAGUGGCCAACAUACCGGUGGGCAGCUAUGAGGGAGGAGGCCGAGGAAAAGAGAGGGAAAGAGAGAAGGAGAGGGAGCGAGAGAGAGAGAGGGAGCGAGAAAGGGAGAGAGAGAGAGAGCGGGAGAAGGAGAGGGAGAGAGAAGCUGCUGCCUCCAGUCAUUUCUCCUUUGAACCUGAGGCUGCAGGGCAGUCAGGGUCUCCAUCAACACAUCCUGCUGAGGAGCCUCCACCCUCUGAAAGAUCACUGGAGGGCUCCAGUGCAGCAGACUCCUCUGACACACGGAGCAGGGAAAGCACAACAACCAAAGAGGUGAGGGCAAUAACACAUUAACUCUGGAUUUGAUGAGAAACUUAGAAGUAAACACUGACACAUGGUGUCUUUAUGGUUUUCUGUGCAGGCUGGAUGGAAGGAAUCCCUCCCCUCUUCUCCUCUCCCUCCUCCAUCAACCACAGACUCCACCCUUCCUCCCCCACAGGCUGACAAAGAUGCUCCCACACCCAAAAAGGUCAAAUCCCGCCCACCGCCGCUGAAGAAGACUUUUGACUCUGUGGACAAGUGAGUUGACACCUUUAUGAAUCUUCUGUCUAAGGUCCUGCAGAUUACUCCUGGACGGUGUAUAUAUACUGUGGACUGUCUGUGUGUGUGUGUCUGCUGGUCUGGCAGGGUGCUGUCGGAGGUGUACUUUGAGGAGCGCUUUGCUGAGCUGCCAGAGUUUCGGCCUGAAGAAGUUCUGCCUUCACCCACUCUGCAAAGUCUUGCCACUUCACCUCGCGCCAUUCUGGGCAGCUAUCGCCGCAAGAGGAAGAACUCUACAGGUUUUGCUCCCAUUCUGCAUUUUUACAUCAACUUAAUGCUUUUUAGUAGAGAAAGUUAGUUACAGUGAUUUAUUAGAGAUUUUAAAACAGGUCUUUGUCCAGGGUUCUACCCAAAGUGUAGGCUUAAUUGCAUGAUUCAGAUUUAUUUUAUGUAAAUCUCAAGUAGGUUUAUGGGUUUGAUUUGUGUUUCUGUGUUCUUCUAGAUUUGGACUCGGCCACUGAUGAUCAAGUCUCUCCAAAGCGAAAGAGUCGGCGGCGCUCAAGCUGUAGCUCGGAGCCAAACACACCCAAAAGUGCCGCAAAGUGUGAAGGAGACAUAUUCACCUUUGACAGAGCAGGUAAAACACAAACGAUGAGACUACAGUGACGUUCUUGAAGGGGAUAUUUUUUAUGAAGAACAACAGUACAGGAUUCAACUGAGAUAAUUUUACUAACCAUAAGAUUCUCAGGUGACUUACUAGGCAGCCAAUAUCUGCAUGGUACAUGAAAAUACACUUUUCUUUCAGCUGUAAAUAUCAGAAGACAUAGGCAGCUGGAUAAAUAACCUUAAAGGCAAAGUGAUUUAAAAAAAUAGAGAAAAACAAAACUAUAGAUUUAAUCACUGAAUGUCAUGGUAUUUUCUUUAAACGAUUGAAAUCCCCCUAUGUAGCAUCAAACCGUUAUUAGGACUCAGUUGAGUUUAUGUUAUUCGUGCCUCAUAGAAAUGACUGACUUGUUGAUGAAAAGGUCCAAAUAAAAACUAUAAUCAAACAUUUAUAUUGAAAUAUUUUUUCCUCACAUCUUAACCUCCAUGCUGUCAUUGUUUCAGCCCCAGAUGGAGAAGACAUCUUGGCAGAACUGGAGUUUGACAAGGUGCCGUACUCCUCCCUGAGACGAACCCUGGACCAGAGGAGAGCACUGGUUAUGCAGCUGUUUCAGGAGCAGGGCUUCUUUCCGUCAGGUACGACACAAGCACACUCGUGAUCUGUCAAAGCAUUUUCUGCAUGAGUUAGGUCUUUGGUUAUUCACUUGCUUCAUGUUCUUACUCCCUUACCCAGCUCAAGCCACAGCAGCCUUCCAGACGAGAUACUCUGAUAUUUUUCCCACCAAAGUGUGUCUGCAGCUGAAGAUCCGAGAGGUCCGACAGAAGAUCAUGCAGACGGCUGCUCCCUCUGAUGCCCCUGGUUUGGGCAUUUCUGACUCAGUUGGUCCUGGACCUUCAGGUUCCCAAUCAGGAGAGGGUUCAAUGAGAGGAUGUGGGGACCUGCAGGAUGAUGAAGGGGAUCAAGGGGCAGAGGGGAGCCCAGAGGAUCCACGUGAUUCACAAGACUCCUCUAGAUGAGGGAUGUUGACCGAUCAGUGUCUGUCAUACCUUGGCAACCCUUAAAUGCUUUUAAAAAAAAGACAUUUUAUCCACCAUGAACUCUCCUCUGGUCUCAUCAUGGUUUCUUUUCCCUUCCUAGCAGCCAACCUGUGAGACUGAGAGAUGUUUGUAUGCAAUGUUGGGACUUUUAUUUUGCAAUGUGUGACCCCUAAACCAAAAAAAAGGACACAUGAAAACCAGUGGCACUAAAACCACCGCAUAACAAACAUACACAAAUUCUCAAAUCCACACUUGAAUUCGCACUCUGUAUUAAUCAUCUUUGAGAAAACUCCCAAAUAUGCCAGUGAAGGAAGGACCAUUGUGUACAGCUGCACUCAUUUGACAUGAAGAAGAAAGAUUUCCCAGCCUACCAUUCAGAGAAGGUGAAAAGUCAUCAGUUUUAAUAUUUGUUUUUAAUAAGGGUUAAGGAGUAAAGCUGUAAUUAUCUGCUUGAGGAACAAGCUGUGUGUAGACCUACCUGUUUUCAGCUUGUCAUGUUUCUGCUGACAUUAGGGGGCUGGGCCCUCAAAAGCAAGAAACAGUUUGAUUUGACAAGAUGACUUGUUCCUUCGGACCUGGUAGGAUCCAUCUCUCCAUUUUAUUUCUUACAUGUAGACCUUCGAGGGAGGUCUACGGAGAGCGACUGAAACUUUAGUGGACUUCUGGCAGUGCCAUCAUUCCUGCAGUUACCUGUCUGGCCAAGUCCUCUCUCCUCACGACUGACCCUAGCACAUGCCAGUAGGUAGGAACCAAGCAUUCCUGUGCCUCUCAUUCGCUAGCCAUGAAGGACAGAGGAGGGUCAGAGUCAACGGGCACAUCCUGGCUCUUAGUUGUAGAGGUCAGGCUGAUUAAGCCUUAACCCUCUAUUGCCAAACAGUUUUAUUAACUUUUUUAAAUAAUUUGAUUUGUAUUUAACAUUGUCAUAUUCAGUUUGUUGUUGUACUAUUCCUACGGUUAUUAUUACUCAGAUCAUUGCAGUGAACCUUGACCCUUUGUUUUGUUCUCAUUGCUCGCAGAUGUUUCUUCUCUUUCUGCCAGCUCUUGAUUUCUUGUACUUUUUUUUAUAUCCGUAUAAUUUUGAAGGCAGGUGAGACACUGCUCCACACCAGUGCAGUUCCUCCAUUGUAGUCUUCCCAUGACUGGCCUCUCACCUCAGCAAGGACCUGCGGUGCAGUUUUUUUUUUUAACUGUUACUUUCUAAGAAGACAAACACAAUGUGGACCUUUUUUUCCUUUCAACCGUAAUGAGCAGUAUGUUUGUUUUAGACCACCCUGUAUGCCUCUGUCCUUCCAUUAGUUCAAUUCUAUAUUAUCAACACUUGUACAUCUCUUUCCUCCGCCUCUUUUCUUCCCUCCUUCCUCCCUUUGUCACUUUAUUGCUCUCUCCAGACCUUUUUUAGACAGGCGGAGAGAAAACUGGGGGAAGUGAGGGGGGUAAAAAAAAAGAAAAAACAAGAGAGCUGGUAGGAUCUUAAACUGGUUGUGUCUUUGUGCAAGACUUGGUUGUGUUGUAAAUAAUUACUGUAGAGUCUGUAGACUCAUUAUAUUAUUGAUAAGGAAAAAUAUGUCAUCGAACAUAAGUUGACUUUUAAGACAACCAUUGCUGAAAGUGAAACACAUGAAAUGGAGAAAACGAUAAAUAUAGCUAUUAAUGUUUUUUUUUGUUAUACUCCUUGUUCUGCUGUUCCAGUAUACAAGAGAGGAAUUUCUAUGAAUAAUUUAAGUUUGUAUCUGUAACUUUCAGUAUGCAAAUAAAAAUAGAUGUUCAAUGAAAGUGAUCUAUCACUCGCAAUGUGAAAAAUCUGACUUUUCUUUCAACAUUGUUCAUGCUAACCUUUUUGCCCUGAUCUUCAACUCUAACAGCAGUAAAUGAAUAUCUGAAGUAUACCUCGGUGUUUGAAUUACAGGUGAGUUUACCUGUUUAGGUGCAUUGAAUAAUACUCUGGGUUGCAUCUUGAAAAAAGAAAAACAUUUAUUGAUUUCACAUACUUACGACAGAACAUGUCAACAGCCGACUGAGUCUUCAAACACAAGAAAAUGAACAUGUCUGUUUCAUAUAAAUGAUAAAAUUAAUCAUACAAAUAUGAUCUGAGGCACAUCUGUUGGUCCUUGUUCCUAAUGAAUGCCAAUUACAAAAACAGCUUUUGAUACUGAUCCCCGUUCGAGCUUUGUUGAUAUACUUUGGUCUGUUUGAUGAACUUGAUGUGUCCAGUAUUUAAUUAUUCAGCUCACGUAAGUCGUUGCAUUUACCGAACACCUUGUCUUAGGCAGUGAUUAGACCUGGAACAACUCAUCCGAUCAGCAACAGAAUAAUGCUUUUGUUGUAAACUUCCUCAGAGGAGCUGCAGUCCAUCCAGUGUAUCCAUGGCAAGACCGUUCUCCAGGGCUGUGUGAUAGAUCUCCAAGGCCUGCUCCAAAGGCAGUGCUCCACCUUCACUGGUCUCAAUGAUGGCUAUGGUCUCACCAAACUCAUUACACAUGAUGGUAGGAGUACCUUGUGCCUGAGAGAAGGAAACAGAGUGCAGAAUUACUUCAACUGAGUUAAACUUACUAAGACCUUUAACCGUUAGCUCACACAGGGCUCUAUUUAGCCACUACAAAAAUGUGAGUUUGUAUCAGCUUUUGAUUAUCACAAACAUUUCUGACCUGCUGAAGAUCCGAGGCUUGGAUCUGGAUCACCUGAGGCUGACCGUUAGCCAGUUCCAUUGUUGAAGGGUCGACCACAGCCACUGCGGCGCUGCUCUCCAUCACAGCCUGAGCAGCAGCCUCCUCAUCCAGCCUCUGUUGCCGGGCGUGGGUCUUCUUGUGGUUUCUCAGGUUGGAGAAAGUCUUGAAGGCUUUGCCACAUUGCGGACACAUGUGUGGCCUUUCUCCCGUGUGUGUCCGACGGUGUUCGGCCAGGUGCAUACUCUGGAUGAAACCCUUCCCGCAGGUUUCACAGCGAAAUGGACGCUCCCCGGAGUGUGUGCGCAGAUGCUCCCGUAAGUGUGUGUUCUGACGGAAACGCUUGCCACAAACUUGGCAGGGAAAGGGGCGCUCACCAGUGUGGACCCGCUGGUGAAGUGCAACCCCUGAAGAAGACACAAACAGUUUGCCGCAGAUGGGGCACUGGUGGGCUUUGGGCCGCUUCCCUGUGGUGCAACGUGGCCGUCCAGGACCUAAAGCAAAGUGGCUGAGUCUGUGUAGCCGCAGAUUAGCAGGAGAAUUUAGCUUCUUCCCACAAAUGUUGCAAUCUAAACCUCCUCGUAAAAGACUAGUUGGGUCUCCUGAUUCUGUCUCUUCGGCUGUCGAGGUGGAGGGCUCUGAGGUCAUAUCUUUUACCCCCUCUGAUUGGCUGUCUCUCUCUCCUGCAACAUGUGCCCCCAAGCCUGCCUGCACCAGUGUAGGGUGCUGCUCCAAACAGUGGCUGUCUCUCUGCUUUCUUUUCAAGAAGCCAGCUUCACAGUGAGGGCACGGGAAAGGGGCUGGUGCACCGGGAUGUUGAGUGUAACGAUGGGCUGCUAACUUGGUGGGCCAGUGAAAGGUGGCAGGACAGUCCGGGCAGCUCAGCACUGCAGUGUUUGAGUGCAGCAGGCUGUGCUGACGGAGGUUAGAGGACUGGGAGAAGGAGCGGUGGCAGACAUCACAGCGGUACGGUCGCACACCAGAGUGGAUGAGAUUGUGUCUCAUCAGAUUGGCCAGAGAUGAGAAGGUUUUUCCACAGUCAGAACACUGAAAUGGCCGCUCUCCAGUGUGAGUGCGAAUGUGGUUUCGUACGUGGAUCUGUUUCUUAAAUGACUUACCGCAGAUGCCACAAACAAAACUACGCUCUGUGACGUGAGCCUUCCUUCGAUGGUGGACCAGCUGUAGCUGGGAGGGAAAGGUUUUGGAGCAUGAACGACAAGAAAAAGACCCUUUGUCAGGUGCUGCGGUUGGAUUGGCUUCUGUUGAGUCAGUAGAGUUUGGGGAAACUCUGAAACCAGUUUUGUCCAGGGAGGUGGAGUUUGUCACUUUUGAGGUGAUCUCCACCUGUUGGGGAUCUUCAGUGUUUGCUUCAGACUGAGAAGACACCUCCAUGUUGUCUUCCUCCCUCUGCUCUCCCAUUUCACCUUCUCUUGCUUUACCUGGCGAGUCUUGCGCUGAAUCUUCUCCCAGUUUCUCCAGUUCGUCCUCUGUGAGUGGGGCCAGCAGGUUAAUGUUUGCCUCAGCAGUGUGGGAAUUCUUCUCUCUCGCUCUCUGCACAAUGGCAAGAGCCGAGAGAGAAGCUCUUCUUCGAGCUGAGACCUAGAAGAGAAUACAGGUGUAGGUCACAUCAAGCUAUGAAGGUUUUUCUAGUCUAGAGCUACAACAAUGUGAGCUAAAAUAACAAUGUUGGGAAAAAAAUGUUAAUUCAUAUUUUCCUACCCUGGAGACAGACGUGGAUGUGCUGGAUAAAUCUCUGUUGAGAUGGGUUCUGCGGUGGUAGAGGUACUUGGUCAUGUUGGUGAAGGUUUUGUUGCAGAACUGACACUUGUGUAGGGGCUCUGCGGUGUGGGACUUCCUGCAAGGAAUCAAAAGAAAAAGAAGGAGAGUCAGAUGUGCACAUCAGCCGUCACUGUCUGUCAUCAUACAUGCAGCUGUUGUAGCUCCGUGUUUCUUGCCUGUGCAUGAUUAGAGUCAUCUCAGUGGUGAAGCCAUUGCCACAGUCCACACACAAGUACCUGGCUACACCAGAGUGUGUGCGCAUGUGUGUCUGCAGUGAUGUUGCCUUUUUGAACAUCUUGCCACAUUCUGGACAUUCAUGCGUUCCCUGCUCAUGCACACGCUUAUGAGCAGCAAGACGGUUAGCGGAUGUGAAUGUGCGGUGGCAGAGCUCACACUGCUGGGGUUUAGCCCAGACUGCCGCUCUCUUCUCUGCCACUCUGACCCGAAUGUCAUCCACCUUCUCCAUUGUCUCUUCUCUCAUUCGCCCCUCCUCAAAGCCCCCCAUGACACCUGGCUCCCCGCUCUCUUUGUCCUGACCGAGGAAGUGCUCCCCCUGGUGCUGGAGGAAGUCCUCUGGGGUCUGGAAGAGAAGGGAGCACUCUGAGCACUCAUAAGGGUGGAUGACUACCACCUCUGUUGGUUGCUGCUGCUGGGUGUCGCCCUGAACACCGGAGGUCAACCUUAACUCCAGCCUCUGGACGCCAUUUUCCAGGACCCCCAGCUUUGCGGCAGAGCUUCGGGCUACAGCAGGCAGCAGAGGGGGCAGCUUUGAACGGCGCUGACCGGGAGUGUUGGAGUUGUCUGCAAGAGCCUGAGCUGUUAGGAUCUGCAGGUGCAUGGUGGCUGAGCCCGGGGUUGGUGUCACUGGAGGCAGCAGGGCGGUACGGGAGGUCACAGUAAGUUUGGAGACAGGCUGGUGCUUUUUCUGUUGUUGUAGUUGUUGCUGCUGCUGCUGGGCGAGUACCUGAAAAAUACACACAGAAAAUAUUUCAGAAAACAUAAUACACCAAUACCCUUUCACCUGUCGUUUAGAAAUUGUGUCUGCUCCUCUAUUGUGGGGUUAUUUCAGUCCCAAGUACCUGCGCUAAUAUCUCCCCAGCUUGCUGCUCACUCAGCACAUAGUUCUGCACACUGUUCAGUGGAGUAACAGUGCCAUCAGGCUGCAGCACAUACUCCUGUUGCAAAAGACAAAAAAUGAAAAGUUACUGCAUUGGCAUACUAAAAAGUAGCUCAGUACAAUAAUAAGUAACCAAGAAGUCUCUUUUUUAUUCACAUGUUUUGUUAACAGGAUAUCUGCUUUUAGCUGUGACACCCACUCAAGUUAUUAGACGUGUAGAAUUAUUCACUAUCGAAAGGAAGCAACUUGUCAGAAUAUGCAGAAUAACUGUCAGCCUAUAGGCUUUUGCUCUUGUGUGUCUUGUUGAAAAUAAAAACAUAAAUACCACCUUCAUAGUAAAAUAGCAGAAGCAAACUUAUCCUGCUUUAUAAAGCAGAAACAAGAGGCUUCGAGAAUAUGAUCAAGGUGGAUGCACUCCUAACGUCUCUCUAGUGUUUGGCCUCUCACCAUGGUCUCUGUGUUGCUGUGUGUGCUGCUCCUGCUGUGGGUGCGUCGGUGCUCCAGCCAGGUAUCAGGUGAGUCAAACAGAGCCAAACAGUCAAGACACUGGUACUGGACAGGUCCCGGCACCUCAACACCAGUCCCUGCUUCUGCUGCUUCCAAAACCUCACACAGCUCUGUGGAUCAGUCAAAUCCAAACUAACCUCAGUUAAUAAUAUCAUGAGCAGGUUACACCAUACUUGAAGUUUUUCUGCAUCUAGUCUUCUCAUACCUUGCUGCUCCACCUCCAUUCCCACCUCCCUCAUGUGCAUCUCCUGGUGCUGCAGUAGCUCCUCUGGGUUCAUGAGGAGGGCCCCACACUCAAGGCACUGGUACUGCUGGGUUUGCCCCAUCUCAUGGACACCGUGAAUGGUCAUGGUCUCCCCCGCCUCCACAUCUCCCUCCGGUCCCGAGUGGAUCUGCUGGUGGAUCAGCACAUCCUCGAGGGUGUUGAAGAGCUGAUGGCACUCACUGCACAUAUACUGGUGCUCCACAUAAACACCCUCUACCUCCUCCUGCUGCUCAGCCAUGGUGGUACCAGUGUCUGUGUGUGUGUGUCUGCCUUAUAUAAGCUGUAUCAUGAAAGAAAGUGUGUGAGGAUGGAUGUUUCUACUUCACAUUUAUAGGGUCAUACAGAAACCCAGUGGUAGAUCCCACCUGUGGAAAACAAGAAUGCACAGAUUAAAACAUGUAACUCUGACCAUGCUUACACAGCAGUCAUGAGGUAGACAUACAAUUACUGAUAUAUGUUUACAGCAUUACUCACAUUUAAAACAGUAAUAUGCUUUUCCUUAAUUUACACAAUAAUAGACCCAAAAACUAGAAACACAGUUUGGAAAAAUCCCGCUAAAAAUAAUAGUGAAGCCGUUAGCGACACAAUGCUACAGCUAAUAACACGACCACUACCUAGAAGAGCUUGACUAAUCGUUGUCUAGUUUCCUCAAACAUGAUUCAUAUCUUUGUUUAUGGUGUGUGAUGGCGUAUGGAGAGCUGUUGGCGGCGCUCCCUCUGAUAUUGCAAACCUGUUUUUCGGCACCGCGGUUUCCUGACGGUGUCUCCCCGGUGCGUCGGGCGGUCCGUCAGGCGGCGCUACCCACUUUUCCCCGAAGCUCUCCGGCUACGACGGCGGGCCCUUCUUUUCCUCACCACCGCUCAUUUACUCUCGUUGGACAUCCCCCCUCGUGCAGCCGUUGCCUCACACAAACCGGUGUCUUUUCCUCGUCCCCCGUCACCGGCUGCGAUAUGGAGAUAUGAAACCUGAAAACUGUCUCGAGAAAAUUACAUUUCAAAGCCUGAAAUGAAACGUUUGCCCGCCGAUCGACUCCAUUCUUGUGAUAACAAGUUCCGCCCAAUGCGGUAGCCUCAACGGUUCAGCAUCUGUGAUUGGACGGAUGGACUGUCAAUCAAAGGUGCUGCUCUUAUGAUGGGUAUUGUAGUUUUCUUAGAAAAUUGUGUUUUAUCCAUAUUUCCAAUUUUGCAUCUCAAGAUUAAAUUUUCAAGAUUUUAUUUUGUGGUUGUUUUUUUUGUUUUGUUUUUUUUUUAACUCAGUAUUUAGAUUUGUGUCAUUAUAAUCCUUUAGAUUACAAUUUUAAAUUUUAAGUCAUAUUUUGACUUUAAACUUGAUUUCAAAAUGAUUUCAUAUUUUUACCUUUCAAACUUACAAAUUUAAAUUUUCUUCUCAUGUAUUUGCUCUAUUUUUGGUAUCAUGUUCUGAUCUUUUGAACUAAUCUAUUGCCUUUAAAUGUAUCUUUUUCACUUUUUGAAUUUCCAUGUGGCUUAUAAUCAUUGCUGAUUUUGUUAUAGAUUUUGAAAAGGAGGCUGACAGUGUGGGUUAAAUGUUGACCCUGUUGGGGCCUCAGAUUAGACUUAAAUCCAGAUUUGACAACCCUGAUUUAGACCUUUAGUUUUUCAAUCUGUUUAAACAGAUUAGUACACUUUCUCGUUUGUUCAAAAAGCUCCUAUUUUACGAAAGUUUACUCCACUUUUUUGUGAUACGGAAUAUUUUUCAAGGGAGACCCAACAGAACCUGAAAAAGCACUAUGUACUAUAUAGUUCUCAAAUAACCAUGCCAUUUCUAAAAGUUGAUUCAAAUAGUACAUAUGAAAAAGGUACAAAGAUCCCAAAAGAGAAAAUGUCAAAGCCAGUAUGUUGAGUAAAUACAGGGAAAUAUGUUAAUCUAAGUAUUGGUAUGUAUGUCUUGUGGAAAAAUGUGAAUUAACGUGGUCUUUUAUGUUUGUUUUUGAAAAUAAGAAAUAAUGAAACUGUAAAAAGGCAUGUUGGCCUGCAGCUCUUGUUUAUUUUCAUUAUGUGUUUAGUUAAUAAUAUAUUAUUAUAUAUAAAGAGGGGCAGACUUUAUAAGUUUUUUCUUCUUUCUGCUCCUCAUUUGCACCACUGUAAGUACAUCCAAUAUUGCACUACUACAUAAUUUAUCUGCCAUGUACUUAUAUUUAUAGUCUGUUUAUAGUCUUCAUAUUUAUAACUAUAUGUAUAAUCUGUUCAUAGCCUGUACAUACUUAUAGUUAUAGCAUAUUCACAACAAUGUUAUAUACCCGUGAUAUACUCAUGUAUAUAUCUCCUUCAUGCAUGUACAUUUGUGAACAUGUUUAUUCUUGCUAAGCACUUCUGGAUGGAUGCAAACUGCAUUUCGUUGCUCUGUACUGGUGGCAUGUGCAAUGACAAUAAAGUUAAAUUCUAUUCUAUUCUAUUCUAUUCAUUCAUAUGUUUGAGAUUUUUCCUUGUUUGUAUUGAAUGUCUUAAAUAUUAACUUAAUGAAUACAAAAGUAAAGAUAUUUCCUCUGUUUGAUUUAGUUUUAGUAUACACAACUGCAUGUUUUCUUACAUCAUGAAUUUCGUAAAUGAUCAUAAAAUAAUUUAUCUUUUUGAAUUGUUAAAGCUGGAUGCAACAGGUUUUCCAACUCCAACAAGUUUCUGUCAUUAAGGACAUAUUUUAAUUGCUUUAACGUAAUCAGGCUUUCACACGUGAUUCCUGGUCUUUUUAAUAGUGACCUUGGUUUCUCAUUUCUUAUUUAAAGAACCAUUUGUUUAUUUCUGUAAAUCCUGUUGAAAGGGGAUAUUCUAUGAUGGAGUAUUAAGGCCACAUUAAGAAAAUUAAGACUUCGACUUGCUUAUUCUCUUCAGUAAUUACUUUAUUACGACUUUAUUCUCGAAAUUAAUGACAAAGUCUUAAUUCUUUUCCUUAAUGUGGCCCUAUUACUCCGUCUUAAUAUUCAGUUCUGUGUUAUGACUUUUUCCCCCAAUACUUUUUAAAACAUUUUUAUUAACAUAUUCAACAAAUUACAAAACUCUCAAUGGGAGACAAGUCCAAUUCAGAUGUACAUGAUAACAUACAUGAGAACAACAUAAUGUAGAAAAGAAAAAAACACAAAACUUACAGCAAGGCCUGCCUUUGGAAAUAAUACAAACAGCAAAUGUAAAUAUUAGCUAAUUAAUAAUUCAUUCAGUUACAACAGUACAUAUUUAGAGACAUCAUCACAUAGAUUUUCUGACUCUAGACCUGAGUCCUUAAUCAGUGACAAGGAAGCAAAAUAAGAUUUAAGGAUUUUUAUUUUACCAUUUACUUUUAUGGAUGUGGUAUUUACCCAGAAUUAUUAUUAUAUUGCAAAUUUUGAAAAAUUUGUUUGGCAUGUUGUAAUUUCUAUACAGCACUUGUUCCAAUUCCAAGUCAGCAA